GUGCUGCUGCUUAGAUGGCUUCUUCUCAGGUGCCAUUGAGCACUGUCUGAUGCUAGCGAGCACUGUCUGAUGCUAAUGUCUGAUGUGUGUGAGCACUGUCUGAUGCUAGUUACUAGCUGUUCUGCUGCUGUAAGGUCAUAGCUGGGUUUGGUUAGUUUUCUUACCUAGCAGAGUUUCAUUGAUGCUGUUGCUCCGUAGGCAUCUUCUUUUCCAGGGUCCUUCUCUCAUCAAGGUCCCCAGUCCCCUACCAGGUUUAGCCUGCUGGCUGUCACCUUUAUAUACAAUUUGCAGCUCAGUAGCUAUAAUUUAUUAUCAUCAUUCAGCCAAUCAGCCUUCAGGGAUUAGCAUAUGCUAAUUUAUGUCAUGGGUAUCGACGUGACACUCAAGAUCAGAGUUUCCAGAGAUUAGCAUAUGUUGAUGAUAUGCUAAUUUGUCACGUGUACAGGAACAUCCAUCUUUCUCUAUGGGCUAAAUGUAUCCCUAUGGAGUUCUUCAGCUGACCUUUGGAUGAACCCUAGCUAGUUCCUGUUUGAAAGUCCCAUGUAUUCCUAUGGGCUACAGUGUAUCGCUAUAGGAUUUUCGGAGUCAUUCCCCAGGGGAAGUGGAAUUUACCAUUGCAUCCCAGGAAGUGGAAUUAUUACAUCAGAGGCAAUGGACUCCUCUGUGCCUUAGAAAUGGAAUCUUCCACUACAUUACAUCACCCUUUAGCUGCCAUUACUGGAUUUUCCUAAUUUAAACUACUAUUCAUUUCUGUUUAAUUAAAGCCUUAUUCGGGAACCUAAUUGCUAGUCUAAGCAUUCCAAAGUGUCCUGACACUGCCACCAUUUGUUUUAUAUCCAAUUAAGCAAGUUAUCAUUUUCCCGAUUUUAGACCCCUUCCCGAGGUUCUUUUGCAAAUCUUCAAUUUAAAGUGUUAUAAGGUUUUUCAGGCAACUGAGGCAAAGUCUCUUGUCACAAGCAGGCCUGAGUGAUUUAGGACUCUGGAGUCUGCAGACAGUUCAGGCACUGCCCCUGGCUUGAGGUCUCUGGGCACAGUCGUGUUAUGCAGAUCCUCCUUCUAGAAGCUUUUCCUGAGAGUAUGUUUACACUACUCGCCGGAUCGGCAGGCAGCGAUUGAUCCAGCAGGGAUCCAUUUAUCACGUCUAGUGAAGAUGCGACAAAUCAAUCCCCAGGCACUCUCCCAUCGACUCCUGUACUCCUGCACCACGAGAGCAGCAGCAGUUGACUCACUGCAGUGAAGACAUCACGUGGUUAUGAGACUCGCUGCUGCCACUGAUAAGCAGGUUUGGACCUAGACCUGGUGUUGGGACAGUCUUGCAGUGAAAAACAGGGGAGAGGCUGCAGCAGCUGUGAGGUUCCUCCCUGCCCGGUGAAAUCAUUAGCAGCUGAAAUCACCAAGUAGGAGACUCUCAGAAUGCAGCAUUGCAGUGGCAAGUGGUGGCAGAGAGUUUUUUCUUUGAAGAAGCCCCAGUGGGAUCAGGGAAUCAGCUGGACCCUUCAACAUAAGACGUGUGGUUUGGGAUUCUGCCUGCCGGGAACAGUGAUCUGUUUGGGGAAAUCAGCCUUGCAGGUGAGCUGGGAAAUGAAGACGUUGAGGUCUGUGGUUCUCUCCUUGGCUUCUCUUUGGGCUCUCGCCUUGCUGGAAACUUCUCAGGUGAGAUGCCAGCAGUCUAUGCAGCUGGGAAUGGCACCCGACUCCUUCGAUGACCAAUACACCGGCUGCACUGAAGAAAUGGAAACGGAUAUUGCACCUUGCCUGCUAGAGGAGGAAAAAGCCAGACAUCCGCUGCUGGGCUCGAUGUGGGGAAACCUAUCGGCUGUUUGGGCAAUUAAGAAGAAAAGGCUUUCUGUGCCCGAGGGUUUUAGGGAUGAACAUGGCAUAGCCAUCCUGGUCUACACUGAUUCCUCUAAGCCACUGUACUGGGAGUUGAACAAGGCAGUGAGAGAGGCUGGGGUCUCCCGAGAUAACUACAUGAGCAAUUUCCACUUCAAAGCUCUUCAUUACUAUCUGACGAGAGCCCUGCAGCUCUUACGGGCUGACUGUGGCCACCUGUUCAGACGCCAGCUGUUCCGGGGAGUCCCAUCCAUCCGCUUCGAGCCCAGCGGGGCAGGUGUGUUCCGGUUCGGACAGUUCACCUCUUCCUCGCUGGACCUGGCUUUAGCUCGGAGUUACGGCAACGCCACCUUCUUCACCCUGCGCUCCUGCUUCGGCGUCCACAUCGAGGCGUUCUCCGCCAUCCCUGCCGAGCGAGAAGUGCUGAUCCCCAUGAGCGAAGUGUUCAACGUCUCCAGCUUCUCCCGGGAGGGGAACCGCAGCGUCUUCCUCCUGCACAGCAUGAACCGGACCUGCAGCCAUUACAACUGCGCCUACCUUGGGGGAGCUUACAGAUGGAAAGAGACGGGCAGAGGAGCCCAAGGAAACAACGAGACAGUGCGGUCAGCGGGAUCAAGCAGGGGCUCAGCGCCCCGGCAGCCUAGCAGAGCUCUGGUUCUUUGCAGCCGUCAUGGCAAGGGAGAGAAGUCUCCAGAAUGUGUUGACAACAUAGUUGCAGGAAGGAGUGUCAGGGUGUCCAGCAACAUGAGCCCUGUGUUCGUUGGUGGAAUUGUCCUGGUCAACAUUGCUGCUCCGAAACUCUUCGCCAAUUUCAAACUCAUCUUGACUUUGUAAAAAACAAAU